AUGGUUAUUAAGGCUGUAGCCUUGUGGAAGCCUGCCCAUCCUAAUCGUUUGAUUACUCCAGGAAGAAGUGGACUUAAUCGAGCCGUGAUAUCAGGUAUAUCAGCACAAAGUACGGAUUCCAAUUUGCCGACGCUUGACGCUACAGAUGAGCCUCUGCCUACGCCAACCCAAGAUCCAGGGGGAACAACAAAAACACCAAACACUACUGUAACGAAUGCCACGCCCAUUUCAUCUGAUUUGCCAUCUGGAUCGGCAAUCACAUUAGAAAGUUCAACUAGUGACAAUGUUCCACCAGUGUCAGAGUCGUCAGAUUCCUGGGCGUUCAAGACAGGUUCAACUGAUGAAAAUACCAAAUCACCUGUUUCCGAUUCGUCAGAUUCCUGGGCGUUCAAGACAGGUUCAACUGAUGAAAAUACCAAACCACCAGUAUCAGAUUCGUCGGAUUCCUGGGCGUUCAAGACAGGUUCAACAGAUGGUUAUACCAAAUCACCUGUUUCCGAUUCGUCAGAUUCCUGGGCGUUCAAGACAGGUUCAACUGAUGAAAAUACAAAACCACCAGUAUCAGAUUCGUCGGAUUCCUGGGCGUUCAAAACAGGUUCAACAGAUGGUUAUACCAAAUCACCUGUUUCCGAUUCGUCAGAUUCCUGGGCGUUCAAGACAGGUUCAACUGAUGAAAAUACCAAACCACCAGUUUCAGAUUCGUCUGAUUCCUGGGCGUUCAAGACAGGUUCAACAGAUGGUUAUACCAAAUCACCUGUUUCCGAUUCGUCAGAUUCCUGGGCGUUCAAGACAGGUUCAACUGAUGAAAAUACCAAACCACCAGUAUCAGAUUCGUCGGAUUCCUGGGAUUUUAAGAUAGGUUCAACAGAUGGUUAUACCAAACCACCAGUUUCCGAUUCAUCAGAUUCCUGGGCGUUCAAGACAGGUUCAACUGAUGAAAAUACCAAACCACCAGUUUUCGAUUCGUCGGAUUCCUGGACGUUCAAGACAGGUUCAACAGAUGGUAAUACCAAACCACCAGUAUCAGAUUCGUCGGAUUCCUGGGCGUUCAAGACAGGUUCAACUGAUGAAAAUACCAAACCACCAGUUUCAGAUUCGUCGGAUUCCUGGGCGUUCAAGACAGGUUCAACUGAUGAAAAUACCAAACCACCAGUAUCAGAUUCGUCAGAUUCCUGGGCGUUCAAAACAGGUUCAACAGAUGGUUAUACCAAAUCACCUGUUUCCGAUUCGUCAGAUUCCUGGGCGUUCAAGACAGGUUCAACUGAUGAAAAUACAAAACCACCAGUAUCAGAUUCGUCGGAUUCCUGGGCGUUCAAGACAGGUUCAACAGAUGGUUAUACCAAAUCACCUGUUUCCGAUUCGUCAGAUUCCUGGGCGUUCAAGACAGGUUCAACUGAUGAAAAUACAAAACCACCAGUAUCAGAUUCGUCGGAUUCCUGGGCGUUCAAAACAGGUUCAACAGAUGGUUAUACCAAAUCACCUGUUUCCGAUUCGUCAGAUUCCUGGGCGUUCAAGACAGGUUCAACUGAUGAAAAUACCAAACCACCAGUAUCAGAUUCGUCGGAUUCCUGGGCGUUCAAGACAGGUUCAACAGAUGGUUAUACCAAAUCACCUGUUUCCGAUUCGUCAGAUUCCUGGGCGUUCAAGACAGGUUCAACUGAUGAAAAUACCAAACCACCAGUAUCAGAUUCGUCGGAUUCCUGGGCGUUCAAGACAGGUUCAACAGAUGGUUAUACCAAAUCACCUGUUUCCGAUUCGUCAGAUUCCUGGGCGUUCAAGACAGGUUCAACUGAUGAAAAUACCAAACCACCGGUGUCGGAUUCAUCAGAUUCCUGGGCGUUCAAGACAGGUUCAACAGAUGGUAAUACCAAACCACCAGUGUCGGAUUCAUCAGAUUCCUGGGCGUUCAAGACAGGUUCAACUGAUGAAAAUACCAAACCACCAGUGUCGGAUUCGUCAGAUUCCUGGGCGUUCAAGACAGGUUCAACUGAUGAAAAUACAAAACCACCAGUAUCAGAUUCGUCGGAUUCCUGGGAUUUUAAGACAGUUUCAACAGAUUCGUCGGAUUCCUGGGGGUUCAAGACAGGUUCAACAGAUGGUUAUACCAAAUCACCUGUUUCCGAUUCGUCAGAUUCCUGGGCGUUCAAGACAGGUUCAACUGAUGAAAAUACAAAACCACCAGUAUCAGAUUCGUCGGAUUCCUGGGCGUUCAAAACAGGUUCAACAGAUGGUUAUACCAAACCACCAGUUUCCGAUUCGUCAGAUUCCUGGGCGUUCAAGACAGGUUCAACUGAUGAAAAUACCAAACCACCAGUAUCAGAUUCGUCGGAUUCCUGGGCGUUCAAGACAGGUUCAACAGAUGGUUAUACCAAACCACCAGUUUCCGAUUCGUCGGAUUCCUGGGGGUUCAAGACAGGUUCAACAGAUGGUUAUACCAAACCACCAGUGUCGGAUUCGUCGGAUUCCUGGGAUUUUAAGACAGGUUCAACAGAUGGUUAUACCAAAUCACAUGUUUCCGAUUCGUCAGAUUCCUGGGCGUUCAAGACAGGUUCAACUGAUGGUUAUACCAAACCACCAGUGUCGGAUUCGUCGGAUUCCUGGGAUUUUAAGACAGGUUCAACAGAUGGUUAUACCAAAUCACAUGUUUCCGAUUCGUCGGAUUCCUGGGCGUUCAAGACAGGUUCAACUGAUGAAAAUACCAAACCACCAGUUUUCGAUUCGUCGGAUUCCUGGAUGUUCAAGACAGGUUCAACUGAUGAAAAUACCAAACCACCAGUUUCCGAAUCGUCGGAUUCCUGGGCGUUCAAGACAGGUUCAACUGAUGAAAAUACCAAACCACCUGUUUCCGAUUCGUCAGAUUCCUGGGCGUUCAAGACAGGUUCAACAGAUGGUUAUACGAAAUCACCUGUUUCCGAUUCGUCAGAUUCCUGGGCGUUCAAGACAGGUUCAACUGAUGAAAAUACCAAACCACCAGUAUCAGAUUCGUCGGAUUCCUGGGCGUUCAAGACAGGUUCAACAGAUGGUUAUACCAAAUCACCUGUUUCCGAUUCGUCAGAUUCCUGGGCGUUCAAGACAGGUUCAACUGAUGAAAAUACCAAACCACCAGUAUCAGAUUCGUCGGAUUCCUGGGCGUUCAAGACAGGUUCAACAGAUGGUUUUACCAAAUCACCUGUUUCCGUUUCGUCAGAUUCCUGGGCGUUCAAGAGAGGUUCAACUGAUGAAAAUACCAAACCACCGGUGUCGGAUUCAUCAGAUUCCUGGGCGUUCAAGACAGGUUCAACAGAUGAAUAUACCAAACCACCAGUUUCCGAUUCAUCAGAUUCCUGGGCGUUCAAGACAGGUUCAACAGAUGGUUAUACCAAACCACCAGUUUCCGAUUCGUCAGAUUCCUGGGCGUUCAAGACAGGUUCAACUGAUGAAAAUACAAAACUACCAGUAUCAGAUUCGUCGGAUUCCUGGGCGUUCAAGACAGGUUCAACAGAUGAAUAUACCAAACCACCAGUUUCCGAUUCGUCAGAUUCCUGGGCGUUCAAGACAGGUUCAACAGAUGGUUAUACCAAAUCACCUGUUUCCGAUUCGUCAGAUUCCUGGGCGUUCAAGACAGGUUCAACUGAUGAAAAUACAAAACCACCAGUAUCAGAUUCGUCGGAUUCCUGGGCGUUCAAAACAGGUUCAACAGAUGGUUAUACCAAAUCACCUGUUUCCGAUUCGUCAGAUUCCUGGGCGUUCAAGACAGGUUCAACUGAUGAAAAUACAAAACCACCAGUAUCAGAUUCGUCGGAUUCCUGGGCGUUCAAAACAGGUUCAACAGAUGGUUAUACCAAAUCACCUGUUUCCGUUUCGUCAGAUUCCUGGGCGUUCAAGAGAGGUUCAACUGAUGGAAAUACAAAACCACCAGUGUCGGAUUCGUCAGAUUCCUGGGCGUUCAAGACAGGUUCAACAGAUGGUUAUACCAAAUCACCUGUUUCCGUUUCGUCAGAUUCCUGGGCGUUCAAGACAGGUUCAACUGAUGGAAAUACAAAACCACCUGUAUCAGAUUCGUCGGAUUCCUGGGCGUUCAAGACAGGUUCAACUGAUGAAAAUACCAAACCACCAGUCUCCGAUUCGUCAGAUUCCUGGGCGUUCAAGACAGAUUCAACAGAUGAAUAUACCAAACCACCAGUGUCGGAUUCGUCAGAUACCUGGGAUUUUAAGACAGGUUCAACAGAUGGUUAUACCAAAUCACCUGUUUCCGAUUCGUCAGAUUCCUGGGCGUUCAAGACAGGUUCAACAGAUGAAUAUACCAAACCACCAGUGUCGGAUUCGUCAGAUACCUGGGAUUUUAAGACAGGUUCAACAGAUGGUUAUACCAAAUCACCUGUUUCCGAUUCGUCAGAUUCCUGGGCGUUCAAGACAGGUUCAACUGAUGAAAAUACAAAACCACCAGUAUCAGAUUCGUCGGAUUCCUGGGCGUUCAAGACAGGUUCAACUGAUGAAAAUACCAAACCACCAGUCUCCGAUUCGUCGGAUUCCUGGACGUUCAAGACAGAUUCAACAGAUGAAUAUACCAAACCACCAGUGUCGGAUUCGUCAGAUACCUGGGAUUUUAAGACAGGUUCAACAGAUGGUUAUACCAAAUCACCUGUUUCCGAUUCGUCAGAUUCCUGGGCGUUCAAGACAGGUUCAACUGAUGAAAAUACCAAACCACCAGUUUCCGAUUCGUCAGAUUCCUGGGCGUUCAAAACAGGUUCAACAGAUGGUUAUACCAAACCACCAGUGUCGGAUUCGUCAGAUUCCUGGACGUUCAAGACAGGUUCAACUGAUGAAAAUACUAAACCACCAGUGUCAGAUUCAUCACAUCCUACUGUAUCAUCUGAUAGUUAUUCUGUUGAAACGAUAUCUGCAGAAAUGUCUACAGAUGUCUGGACCUCUGAUGACAUAUCGACCUCCGUGACACCGGAUUUCAGUGUUUCAUCAACAAUCAAAGUAUCAAGUUCAAGUUCAACUUUAGAUGACGAAGUAUUUCCAUCACAAAACACGUAUGACACAUCAGAGCCAACUGUAGCUUCAUUUUCUACACCAGAAUCAGAAUUUCCGACUUCAGACUCUUCAGAUCACACAUCAGUAUUUACGUUUCAAACAUCUGAUGCAGUAUCUGAUAUACAAGAUUCAACUCCUUCAACAUCAUUCACAACAUCCGAAGUAUCAGAACCAAUAACUCAGACAACGGGAGCCACAAAUGAAACUUCAGAAGCACCAAUUUCAACAUCAGAAGCAAUACAUCCGACAUCAGAAGUGACAAAUCCAACUGCAGAAUCAACAACGUCAGAGGCAGCUCAGUCAACUUUUGAAGGGAGUAUUCCAACUGUAGAAUCGAUAGAUUUAACAUCGGUAGUAAUAUCGUCUUCGUCAGAGACACCCACUACAUCGACGUUAGAAAUAUCGUCUUCGUCAGAGACACCCACUACAUCGACAUUAGGAAUGUCGUCUUCAACAUCGACAGGGAUAGAUUCUGUACCACCAAGUACAACUCAAACAACUACAACAUCUGCAUCAUCAUCUGAAGAAACUACAACUUCGGCAACUGAAACACCAACAGCGUCAACUUCAACAACUGCAACACCAUCAACUUCAACAACUGCAACACCAACAACUUCAACUUCAACAAAUGCAACACCGUCAAUUUCAACAACUGCAGAACCAACAACUACAACUUCAAUAUCUGAAACACUAACGACUACAACUUCAGCAACUGCUACACCAACGACAACAACUUCAACAAUUGCAACACCAACAACAUCAACUUCAUCAACUGCAACACCAUCAACUUCAACAAUUGCAACAACAACGACUACAACUUCAUCAAUUGCAACACCAUCAACUUCAACAACUGUAACACCAUCAACUUCAACAACUGCAACACCAUCAACAUCAGCUUCAUCAACUGCAUCAACAUCAACUUCAACAAUUGCAACAACAACGACUACAACUUCAUCAACUGCAACACCAUCAACUUCAACAACUGUAACACCAUCGACUUCAACAACUGCAACACCAACAACUUCAACUUCAUCAACUCCAACACCAACAACAUCAGCUUCAUCAACUGCAUCAACAUCAACUUCAACAAUUGCAACAACAACGACUACAACUUCAUCAACUGCAACACCAUCAACUUCAACUUCAACAACUGCAACACAAACAACUUCAACUUCAACAACAGAAACAACAUCGACUACAACUUCAUCAACUGCAUCGCCAACAACACCAACAACAUCAACUUCAUCAACUGCAACACCAUCGACUACAACUUCAACAACUGCAACACCAUCGACUACAACUUCAACAACUGCAACAUCAUCAACUUCAACUUCAACAACUGCAACACCGACAACGUCAGUAACAUCAGCAACAUCCACGGUACAGUCAUUAGAAGAUGUUGAGGCAGGCUUUGAAAAUGGCGGAAGCCGCACGAUGACAGACAGUGUUGUAAUGUUAGCGUUAUGUAUAGUUUGUAUUGUGAUAAGCAGCCUUUCAAAAUUAUGUUAA